CAUGAUUUGUACUGUUUGAUAAACAUAAAUACGUGUUUACUUGUUUUAGGCAUUUCCUAUAAUGCUUUCCCUAUCUCAACUAUUUUCUGCAUUUUAGGGAACCACAAAUCAAAGGUUUCAGCUCCUGCUAAACCGGAAGUGCAAAAGGCAGCUCCACCUAUUGAAGUGCCAGCAUUGUCUUUGGAUGAACUGAAAGAAACAACUGACAAUUUUGGAUCAAAGGCAUUGAUUGGUGAAGGAUCAUAUGGAAGAGUGUAUUAUGCAAACUUAAGUAGUGGAAAAGCUGUUGCUGUAAAGAAGCUAGAUGUUUCAUCUGAGCCCGAGACGAAUGUUGAGUUUUUGACUCAGGUUUCAAUGGUUUCAAGAUUGAAGCAUGAAAAUCUUGUUGAGUUGCUUGGUUACUGUGUUGAUGGAAAUCUCCGUGUGCUCGCAUAUGAGUUUGCAACGAUGGGAUCUCUUCAUGACAUAUUGCAUGGUAGGAAGGGUGUUCAAGGAGCACAACCAGGUCCAGUGCUUGACUGGAUGACACGGGUUAGAAUUGCAGUUGACGCAGCUAGGGGUUUAGAGUACUUGCAUGAGAAGGUUCAACCUUCUAUAAUCCACAGAGAUAUCAGAUCUAGCAAUGUGCUUCUCUUUGAAGAUUUCAAGGCCAAGAUUGCAGAUUUUAACCUUUCAAAUCAGGCUCCUGACAUGGCUGCUCGUCUUCAUUCUACUCGUGUUUUGGGAACCUUUGGCUAUCAUGCUCCAGAAUAUGCGAUGACCGGGCAAUUGACCCAGAAAAGUGAUGUGUACAGCUUUGGAGUAGUCCUUCUAGAGCUUUUGACAGGAAGGAAACCCGUUGAUCACACUAUGCCUCGUGGACAACAGAGUCUUGUUACCUGGGCUACUCCGAGAUUAAGUGAAGACAAAGUUAAACAGUGUGUGGAUCCCAAGCUAAAAGGAGAAUACCCUCCUAAAGGAGUAGCUAAGCUGGCAGCUGUUGCAGCAUUGUGUGUGCAGUAUGAAGCUGAGUUCAGGCCGAAUAUGAGCAUUGUCGUAAAGGCUCUUCAACCACUUCUGAAGCCACCAGCCCAACCUGCAGCUCCAGCCCCAGAGACCUAAAAAGCAAAUAAACUCAAUUUCUCUGCUUGUUUGAAGUUCUGACGCUUGUUCACAGUUUGUUUUCAUAUAUAUUUUUUAAUUUUUCAUAUAUGAGAAUCGAUUCCGUAUAAUAUGAGAGCAGAUGUGUAGGAUUGGAUUGUCCUUGUAGUGUCACUUUUAACAUUUGUCUGCUGCUGCUGGUGCUGAUGUCUUUUUUUAAAGUCCCGAAUUGUUGACAAUGAAUUGGGUUUG